UCUGCCGCAACAUCUCCAACACAAAAAGCACAUUCUGUCUUUCUUUCCCCUUCAUUUGGUUUCCCUUUCUCUCUCCUCUGGAAACCCUGACAAUGGCCUGGUUUUUUUUUUUUUUUUCAAUUAACCAGGUCCCUCAGAGGAGAGAAAGCUUCCAUUUUUUUACCUUAAAUUUUUAGCUUUUAUUAAUUUUUUUUCUCAAAUUGUAGUUCUUCAUCGUUGCAUUUUUCAGCUGCCCUCGACAAUGAACGACCUACUAAAGGAUUCUUUUGAGAUCUCUCGGGGUCAAGCUUUGAGAGAUGGAGAUAUCGAACUAGGAGCACAUGCUUCAAUGAAUUCUGGAGAACUUGGUUUGGAGAAUUUUUUCAAAAAGGUUCAAGAGAUCGAGAAGCAAAAUGAGAAGCUUGAUAAACUUUUGAAAAAGCUCCAGGAUGCACAUGAAGAGUCCAAGGCUGUUACUAAGGCUCCUUCAAUGAAAUCAAUCAAGCAACGAAUGGAGAAAGAUGUUGACGAAGUUGGAAAAGUUGCUCGAUGGAUAAAGUCAAAAAUUGAAGAACUCGACAAAGAGAAUUUAGCAAAUAGACAGAAGGCUGGUUGCGGAAAAGGAACAGGUGUAGAUAGAUCCCGAACAGCAACAACCCUUGCCUUGAAAAAGAAAUUAAAGGACAAGAUGGCUGAAUUUCAGACUCUAAGGGACACCAUCCAUCAAGAGUACCGUGAUGUUGUCGAGAGGCGAGUUUUUACAGUGACGGGCGCAAGAGCUGAUGAAGAGACAAUUGAAAGGUUAAUCGAGACAGGAGACAGUGAACAAAUUUUCCAGAAGGCAAUCCAAGAACAAGGGCGAGGCCAGAUAAUGGACACUCUGGCCGAAAUUCAAGAGCGACAUGAUGCUGUUAGAGAUCUUGAGAGGAAGCUUCUCGAUUUACAACAGAUCUUUCUGGAUAUGGCGGUGCUGGUCGAUGCACAAGGGGACUUGCUUAACAACAUAGAAACCCAUGUAUCGAGUGCGGUAGAUCAUGUACAGCAAGGGAACAAUGCUCUUCAGAAGGCCAAGAAGCUACAAAAGAGUUCGAGGAAAUGGAUGUGCAUUGCGAUCCUCAUCCUUCUUAUCAUCGUUGCAAUCAUCGCGGUGGCUGUGUUAAAACCGUGGAGUAGUAACAAUGGUGCUUAAAUUAGCACCUCUGGUAAUUUGUAACUCAUAAGUAUAGGGGACUACAACUGACACCUCUGGGACUCAAGCAACUCGUGGGAAAUCAUUCUGGCACUUUUUUGUUCUCCUAUGAUAAUGCCUGCAUGUAACACUAUUAAUUGAAACACUCUUACUAUAUUCUUUAAUAUACAUAAAAGAAAACUAAUUUUUUUCUU